GGGAGAUUUUGGCUGUCCGACCCUGCUCUGCAGCUGUCAAAAAUCAGAUGGGCGGUAGGCGCUGUCACGGCGGUCACACUUUGAAUCAGGCUUUAGAACAGCAUCGCAUUUAUUUCUUUCAUUUUCCAUUAAUAAUAUUCUAACUCGCUAAUUUCAAGCUUCAGAAUGACCGGUCGCGAAGGAGGCAAAAAGAAGCCAUUGAAGCAGCCGAAGAAGGACGGCAAGGAGAUGGACGACGAAGACAUGGCCUUCAAGCAGAAACAGAAGGAACAGCAAAAGGCAAUGGAGGCUGCGAAACAAAAAGCGGCGAAGGGCGGCCCACUGGUUACCGGAGGAAUCAAAAAGUCCGGAAAGAAAUAACUUUUGUCUAAUUUAUUUUAAAGUCUAUUAUGCCUAAGAUUCACUAUUCCACUCGACGCAGUUCGCCAUUCGCGAUUGAUUUCUUGAUCAUUUUUGUAUGUAUGUACUCAAUGUAAAACAGCCCACGACAAAAAUUCAGUAAAAGUGAUUAAUCAAUUUAAAAGAA